AUGCAGCACUGGUCAGUGCAACUGGAAGGCUGGAAUGCAUUAGGCUCAACUGUUUGUACUAAACUUGAAGCAAUCAAGUCGUCAACUGUAUGGAUGAAUGUUCAGCAUGUUGCUUUACGGUGUUGCCAGGUUCUGCAGGCAGAUUCGGACUCGGCGUGCUUCGAUUUCCUGUUCCGGCGGCCAGAUGAACACUGGUUCCGGAGUUGCUGUACUGCUCAUCAGUGUUUCUUAGUGGACGCUUGUUUGCCGGCAAUGUUGCAAUUCGCACGGAGGCACGCGAGCAAUACAAGUGCGAUAUUCAGCAUCUCAAAGGCGCUUGCGCGUCUGAUGACCAUAUUGAAUGAUGAAGGAAUUUUGUUAAGCGAAAGCGACGAGGAUAAGUUGUUCGAUUUUGUGUGCAGUUUCUGGGACUUCACAGCAGAAGCCGUGUGCCAUGAAUGCCUGGCCUAUCACAAAAUAUUAUCGUCGGUGGCGGAAAAUUUUUCGGUUGAAUUCUGCAAAAGGAUGUACAGCUUAUUGCCAAAUCCAACGUUGGUCGUUGUGCUACGAUUAUUGCCAACAAUCGCCAAAAAUCCGCUUCUUUUGGACUGGACUGUGAAUGAAUUCAGGAAAUAUUUGAAAGUUGACGUCUCUGACAAGGCAUCUAUUGAAGCGGUACUUUUCAUUGCUAAAUUUUGCGUUUUUCAUCAAAAAGCAAACGGAAGUUUUCUUGACUGGACGCAUUUCAUUGAUGAGCAGAUCGUGGUUGUGGCUCUCCUCAGUGCUGAUUUACAGAUUCGCUUGAUGGCUUGGAAACUGAUGUGCGAUCAUCCAAAAGUGACGUCCCCGAUUCCUGCUGAUCACUUAACGCUGUGCAAAUGUUUCUUGGUGAGCAAUAUGGCUGAGCAGUCACCCUCUGCCAGAUCGGAGAUUUUGGCCGGACUGAAAAAGAUCAGCGAACUAAUUGCUUUUGAUCUGAGUAAGAACUUUGCUGAUUCUGAUCGUUGCCGCUUACAUGUUGCUUUACUACUUGAAUCUUUCCAAUCUUCGGUCAAAGAUGUUCGCAGUGCUGUUCAGCUACGAUUAUUGCCAACAAUCGCCAAAAAUCCGCUCCUUUUGGACUGGAUUGUGAACAAAUUCAGGAAAUAUUUGGAAGAUUCGCUUGAUGGCUUGGAAACUGAUUUGCGACCAUCCAAAAGUGACAUCGCCGAUUCCUGCUGGUCACUUAACGUUGUGCAAAUGUUUCAUGGUGAGCAAUAUGGCUGA